ACCAAUGUCAUUCUUCCCAUCUUUAAAAAUACUUCAUGUUCUUGGCAUUUGAGAGAUGGCAACACCCCUGUCCAAUCUCUGAGAGAUUUUUCUUCUUACUCAAGUGAACUAGCCCUGUUCCUUUCCUUUCAGACAAACUAGGAUCUGGACACUGCUGAAGAAAUUUCCCAGGAUUGUCCAUAAUUUUAGAGAUAAUGAGUGAAUACAAGACAAUUGUUCUUCUAAAAGGAUUAGAGGGUCUGAAUGACUACCAGUUUAGGACAAUCAAGUCCUUACUAAGAAAAAAACUAAAUCUAACUGAAGAGAUGCAAGAGAAUUAUGACAGAAUUCAGAUGGCUGACCUGAUGGAGAAAAAAAUCCCAAAAGAUGCUGGACUGGACCUGCUGAUAAAUUUGUGUGAAAGCAUGAAUGAUCUUGAAAACCUUGCUAAAAAACUUAAAACAGAGAAGGCAAAAGUUAAGAAGCAAAAGAAAGGAAAAAACAAAACUGCAGUGAAAAAAGGAAAGCAAGAAAAACCCAGUAGUUCCCAAUCUCUUUCCACCAAUAAUGAAUCAGACAAGAGCAAACCCUCUGCACAGAAAAAGAGAAAACAAACCAUAAAAACUGAAGGUGGCAAGAAAAUGAAGCUUACCCAGGAACAGACUCAGUUUCUAGAGCCUUCAGGAAGCAACCCACAAAAAGAUGAAUGUUGUCUCCAGACUCCUCAUAAGCCUCCCCCAACACCAUCCAGCAGUUCCUCAAAUAAGACAGAGUCCAGAAGUGAGUGCACCACUCAAGGGCCUCAAGGAGUAUCAUAUGGUACUGGACAGGCUCUUCCCUGUUCUAAAGUAAAAGCAUCAAGGAGGGACCAUGCUCCUCAGAUGCCUUCAGCAACAGCAUCUGAAAGUCUCCUGGCUCCAUGUGGAUCUCCACCAACACCAUCCAGCAGUCUUCCAGUUCCAUGUGUGUCUCCAGCGACGGCACUCAGUGAUCCCCAGGCUCCUCUGGUGCCUCCAGCAAAGGCAAGCAGCAGUCCAUCAAGGACACCAAAGAAGGGAAACUUACCAAAGGAGCCUUCUAAGGUAGAAGGUCACCAUCGAGAUCCCAUACAAGUGAUGGUGUUGAAAGUAACAGAACCAUUUACUUAUGAUUUGAUUGAUGGCAAAAGGAUGUUCCAUGCCACAGUGGCUACUGAGACUGAAUUCUUCAGAGUGAAGGUUUUUGACACAGCCCUAAAGAACAAGUUCAUCCCACAAAAGAUCAUUGCCAUAUCAGAUUAUAUCGGUGUCAGUGGAUUUCUGGAGAUAUAUGGAGCUUCCUGUGUGUCUGAUGACGAUGUUAACCAAACAAUGGAUAUUCCAUAUAAACUGAAGAGAACAGCCAAUGGAACUCCUAAAAUUAAGGAUCUUUUCUCUCAAAUAAAAGGAACAUAUGUGAAUGGAGAGUUUGUGGUAACUACGGUAAGCCACUAUAUUAUUCGUAGAAUGACUUUCCAUACUGAUAUUUUAAGUUUUAACUUGUCACUGUAA